UGCGGUGUACAGCACUGCGGCCAGUACAAAAUGGUCGACGUGCCUUGACCGUGUCGCACGUAGGGUAGGCGAUGCGAAACUGCGUUACCCCGUGCGAGCGAGCUGCACCGGACUCGACGGCGACGCGUAUGCGACGUUAAAUGGCUAUCGCUGGAUAAUCGCGUCUCGGUCUGCGGUCUUCGUGAAGAGAGUGCGAACGUGAGUGCGCCGUUGAGUAUCCGCGAGGGAAACGGUGAGAAACGAUGGAGAAGCGGCAGGAGGUGCUCGCCCCGUUUUCCUCCGACGAGUGUCCGAACAGCGGCGAAGACAGCGAGGAGGAUGUAAUAACCGAUUAUCUCGGCUCAUCGCACUCCGACUGCGAUCGUGUGCCUAUCAUUAAUGGGGAUUUGCGCGGCCUGAGCCUGCACGGCGGCAUCAUCACCGAGACCGGUUACACCAAAGACAAUACCGUGAAAACGCCGAUCAGCAUGUCGGCGGUCGGCAUUGGUGGCGACGAGCAACACCAGCAGCAACAGCAACAGCAGCACCACCAGCAGCAUCAUCAGCAGCAGCACCCGUUGCUCACACUCGGCACUAAUAUACAAGCCCAGCCUAAUCCUCUGGUGCCCAUCAUCAGCGUCACGCCGCAUUCGCCCGGUCUGGCCAAGAACUAUCCGGUGCUAGAGGAGAAUCUGCAACAGCUGCACGAGAUCCACGACUGCAUCCAGCGUAUGCGAGACCAGACCUUGAACACUCCCGGAUACUAUCGCGCGUCCAACGCCGCGCAACGGUUGACCUCGUCAUGCCCGACCUUGUGCCCGCUGACCUCGGCCGAGCUCGCACCCCGUCCCGGCAAUCAUCAUCACGACACCGGCUCCGACCCGGACCUCCUCGCCAACUGUUCCACGAACAGUUCCCCGACGCACUUCCCGGGCCCGGCCGGCCACCCUCGCUCACAACGGACGCAGACAGGUAUAGACAGGAGACGCAGUUGGACCGGGGAUCUGGAGGACUUGGAGGAGAAUCGACGCAGCGGCGGCGGCGGCCGUCGCCGGUACUCCGGGCAGAAUCACCUGCAGGCUCAGAAUAUGGUUAAUAUUGCCCGUUACUUGUUGGAACCGGAGGUUGCGGCCGGUUCGAUUUCGCGACAACGCAGCAUUAGUUUAAGUAGCCUAGACAGCGAGAACGAGCUAGAAUUAGAUGGAAAAUCGUGCACCGGACCUGUAGCCGUAGGCAAUCGGGCAUGCAGGUCGCAGACGAGUACACACUCCCUGAACGAAGCUGAUCUUGUACAGAGCGAAUAUCAGAAGAUAGUCACAAAGAGGGGUAGUCAGAGAUUAGCAGAAAGUAGCAGUUUAAUGCCAGGACUGACUGGUUCGCGUUUACCUCUUCAGAAAUCCAUAUCGACGCCUUCGAUCGUUACGCCGCAGGUUCACGCGCAUUUAGGCGAAGCCGGAACUCGAACGACGCCUUCACUCGCAGCCCGUCAUGAAAGAAACGAAAAGGGUAGUGGGAGUGAGACAGAGACCGAGGAUCUUCAUACAUCACACAGCCACGAAUUUCACGAAGACCGGGAGGGCACUCCGAGUGCCCAGAUAUCCCUUGACGAGCUCUUGACCGAUGGUACCGCGUACGAUGAUCAUCAUUCGGAGAAAACCAGAAGGAAGCGUGGCUCGAUCUUCUUCCGUAAGAAGAAGGACAAAAGCGGCAAAAAGACUAGUCAGCAGCAACAUCUGUGGGUGACGAUGACUGUGGGAACUCAGGGAAGCUUACCAUGUGAUGUUUGUAUGAAACACUCGACAAAUAAACCGUUCCUCCACUGCGAUAAUUGCGGAGCGUCGGUUCACCAGAGUCAAGGAUGCAAGGAUCAGCUGGGGCUGGAAUGCGUCAAGUCCAAGCAUCAUUCCAGCAAGUCUGCCUCGAAGUCCUCGUCGAACGCCUCCACGAUGUCGAGCAGCAACAGCGUGAAACGGGGCUCCACGACGUCGUUGCCCCUGCCAACGUCAUCCGGAAGCGGAAGGGAAAUUAACAGCAAGAAAACCGUGUCAAGCUACAGCCCUUGGCGGCGAGUUGCCACUAAGCUUGGAGUCAAUCAAACGAUAAACGAAGAGAAAGAUGGGGAUGGCGGGCAACAUCGCGACCUUCCCAGCGGAUGGGAGGAAUUUGAUUUCGGGGACGAUCACCAGUUCACCGUGGGAGACCUCGAGGAGAUCGACCCCGAGCUGGGGUUGGGCAAGGAGGAGCCGGAUUCUUGGAGCGCCGCCAUCGGGCGUAACGUCGCGCUGCGCCUCGUCGACCAUUGCGAGCGCGAGGUGAAGCGGCAAGAGCACAUCUACGAGUUCGUGCUGACGGAGAAGCACCACUGUCUGGUGCUGCUCGCUAUGGAGAGAAUCUUCGCGGAGGGUCUGCGACGUCACUUCCGGCUGGGCCAGCCGGACCUCGAGCGUAUGUUUCCGCGGCUGCGCGACCUGAUCGACAUCCACCUGCGGUUCUUGCAGAAGCUGCGCAAGCGGCAGAACGCUCAUUCCGUGGUCAACACGAUCGCCGAUAUCUUGGUCGAGCAGUUCUCCGACGAGAACGCGCAGCGCAUGAAGAGCGCCUACGGGGAGUUCUGCAGCCGCCAUAGGGACGCCGUCGAGGCGUACAAGUACUAUCAGCGUCACGAUCCGCGCUUUGCUCGUUUCGUCCGCCACUGUCAGACGAAUCCGUUAUUGAAGAAGAAGGGUAUACCCGAGUGUAUACUGUUCGUUACUCAACGUCUGACGAAGUACCCACUGCUGGUGGAGCCGCUCAUCAAGACUGGCAUCGUGCAGGAGGAGGGUGAAAACUUACGCAAAGCACUGGUACUUGUUAAGGAGAUUUUAGCUGACGUAGAUGCCUGCGUAGCCGACAAGGAGCGAGAGGAUAGGAAAUUAGAAAUAUACAAUAAGAUCGACGCGAAGUCCUUUGCGACAUACCGUGGUGCCAAAUUCAAAAAGUCGGACAUAAUGUCGUCCAACAGGAUCCUGAAGUUCGAGGGCACCGCAUACUUAAUGCAAGGCCGUGGCAAAAUGACUGCCAUCGUAGUGGUCGUUCUCUCAGACAUAUUAUUUUUCUUGGCUGAGAGGGAUCAGAAAUAUGCGUUCUUCGUGCCUGACAAUAAAGCCGGUAUAGUGUCGCUGCAGAAGCUGCUGGUCCGCGAGAAGGCCGGCCAGGAGUCUAGCAUUUACAUAAUAAGCAGCAACCCGGCCGAACCGGAGAUGUUCGAGCUCAAAAUUCAGAAGCCAAAGGACAAGCAGCUGUGGAUCAAGUCGAUUCGAUCGGCGGUCGAGGCCUGUCCGCAGGAGCCCGAGAACGAAACCGAGUCGUUGAGCGAAAGCAGCAGCGAAUUGCGUGAUACUCGCUCGUCCUCGAUCUCGCUGGUGUCCGUCGAGGAAAAGCAGCGCAUCGUCAAAGCGAAGGAGUCGCAUAUACUUAGAAUCGUCGGGGAGUUGAGGAAGAAAGACGCAGAGCAGGCAUUGCUGUUCGAAGAGAAGAUGAAUCUGCAAAUGCGGCUUUCGCACGCGGCGAAGAUUUGGAGCGCGAACGAGGGCGACAACGAGAGAGCCGAUAAGCUCUGGAAGGAGGGUCCCGAUUACGCUCGGUUGGUACACAACGAAGGGACCGACACCACUCAGGUGUGGCAAGAGGUGGUGAUGGCCGUGCAAGAAGCGACACGUCUCGCGAGCUCGCUGUCGUUCGGCGCAGGUGGCGCUACUCUCUCGAGAAGCUUGAGUUCCGCCGGUGAACGACACAGCGAGGCUUACGUUCCGCCGGCCCUUUGCGUUCCCCGAAGGGCCGAGACGUUCGCUGGUUUCGAUCACAGUAAAGAGCGGCACCCGCUGCGUGACUCGAACGCCGUGAUUCCCGUGCCGAAGCUCGGCGAGCUGCCGAAGGAGAACCCCGACGAAAAAGAUAGCCAAGAGUUGGAGACGAAUAAAGAUCAACAUCUGGCGGCGCUGCAUUUGUCUCAUCACGUUUACACGUUGCUCUGCAUAAUAAACAAUCAGAUGACAACGAUCGACAGCCUGCAGGCGCAAUUGGCCUUGUGCAAGGAGGGAAGCGUGCCCAUGUCGAAGCCCGCCAGCAGCCGGCCGAACUCGAAUCGCCAGCUGGAGGAGCUGCGGAACCUGCAGGACCAGCUCUGCCGGGAGAAGGCCGCGUUCCGCGCCGCCUCUCAGCAGGAGAAGAACCAGCUGGAGGAGGAGCGCACCGAGCUGGCGCGGCAGAGGGAGCAGUUGGUCGCGGAGCAGCGGGACGUGACGCAGCAACGGGAUCAGCUGUACCGACGGCUGGAGGCCUUGGAACGACAAGGCGUCACGUUGGUCGGCGGCUCCGCCAGCUCGACGACGAUUCAUCUGUCCCACCUGGCGCAGAACGCCGAACUGGUGCAGACGCGCAAGUCCCAACCCGAGGCCAAGCGUAUCCCUCUGAACUUGAUCAGUGCGACGAAUCAGCAGAAGGUGCAGAGCAACCUACCGGUCAAGCAGCAAUUGCCUCUCAAGUUAGCCAGCGGCAGUAACAACAAUGCAAGAAGCGGCAGCACCGCGAGCAAUAACAGCCCGGACCGGCACUCCCGCGCGGGCAGCAGCCCGGCCGUCGUCACUGGCUCCGCGUACUCGUCGCCGGAGCUCGGCAACAGCCACGCCGGCAGCAGCCACUCGUCGUCGAAUCGCUCGCUCCGCAUCACUCGCUCGCCCCCGGACUCGUACGCGCAUCAGCAUCAACAACGCGGGGAUCCGCCACCGCAGCCGCCGCCGCAGCAACCGCUGGAGGAAGAGGUGAUCUUUUUCUGACGGCUCUUUCGAUUCGGUCGCAAACAUUCGCGUUCUUCGCGCGCGACCACCGGCGUGGCCACGCCAACCUCUACGCCGACACCGUCGCGCAGCCAAACGAGGAACAGUCAGCCCCGCAGCCGCGUCAAGUCCUUUUGACUUUCGACGUUCUCGCAGUAAUGACGCUGUGCCACCUCUGCUUUCGCACAAGCAUCCGCUUCUCAUCCCGAUCCUUCGUCAUUUCCACCCAGUCUUCUUCUCCUUUUUCUUCUUCUACUAUUUCUUAUUCUCGCAUCUAUCCACCUAUCGGCCGCUCUCGUGUUAUAUUCUGCCUUAGUGUGUGUGUGUGUGUGUGACCUACCUUCCCCUUUCCUUCGUUCCGGGUUUCAUCGUUUCACCGGUAGCAAACCUAGACGGUUAUUCAUUUCACGACGUGGCCCGUGAAACCAAGAUGACCGUCUGUUUCAUGACGAGGUCGUAAAUAGCUUCCAUCACACCAGUCAGCAUAAUACGAUAUUCCAUCUUGUCCGCCACGACGACAGCGCCGAUGUUGUCAAUAAACGCGAAUAAUCUAUUCUGUGGAUAUAGUCGAGAGAGAGAGAAGGAUGAAAAUAACACGAUUAUAUGCUCCAACUGUUACUGAUGGCAAUAAUAUCAUUUUUAUGCCAAAUGUCACGAUAUAUAUACUAUUACCUUGACGAAGGAACACGUUAAGUGUAAUUAUAAAGUGUAAUUGUAAAGUGUAAUUUCUAUUAGCUAUCAGAGAAAGAGAGGGGGGGAAGGGGGGAAAGAGAGAGAUGGGAAAAAGAGUGAAAAGGAAAAAAAAAGUAUUAACGGCCGGCUUUGCGAAGUAGAUCAGCCGAUCUUGUUGAAUUCUUGCGUCGUUACGUUAUCAAGCCGACUGACACUGUUUUAGAGACACAGAUUUUAGAUGAAUCUUUUAAGCAAACCUGUUGCUGCUUGCUGAAAUGCAAGGUAGAUAAAAAGUACAUAUAUAUGUAUAUAUGGAUAUAUAUAUGUCUAUAUACAUAUAUAUACAUACAUACAUAUACAUACAUAUAUAUAUUACGGUUACAUAUAUCCAUGGAUGUGUACAUAUAUAUACUUUUUCAUAAGCAUACGUGUGGCACGCAUAUAUGAUUGUAUAUGCGUGCGUGUGUAUGUGUGCGAGCAUGUGCAAUUGAGUGAAACGACGAGUGCAAAUGCGUGUGUGUAUGUGUUGCGCGUUCAAUUCAUCUUCGUGAACGCAUGCUGCUGAGAAGACGCGGGCGAGUCUGCGGUAGCUAUUCUUAUAUCGUAACUUUUAAAGUAUUUUAAUACGCGCUAAAGUAAGAUUUAUCAUUAACAAUUUAUUAUUUUAUUAUCAUGGUUAUUAUUAUUAUUAUUAUUAUUGUGUGUGCCAAGUCGUUGAUCGAAGUCGAUAUUUCGUUUUCUCGAAACACCUGCCCUACAGACGAGACUCCGUUACUAUCCUCUUCGACUUUAGAAACCAAGUCUGCGCGUAUUAUCGUUGUACAUGAUAAACACGCUAUGUAAAAUGGAAUUAUACACCACUUCGGUUCUUCCGCGUGACGAGUGGCGGG